CUCACGCAUCCUCACCUUCACCGUCACCGCCAACAAACCCGUCCAAGAGCAAAAAGGGCAAACAAAAUGGGCAUAACCAAAAUGGGCAUAACCAAAAUGGCAAGUGACCUUCCACCUCCAGCAUCCGGUGAGAUCCAACCGGACCCAAAGUACCCUCCUCCCAAGGGCACCGCGCCUCCCGAAGAACCCCCCAUAGCAUCCGAACCACCAAAGCCGCAACCACAACAACCGCAACAACCGCAGCAGCAUCAACCACAGGCCCCGGUAACUGGCGGCGCCCCGGGACUCUACAUAAACACGGUGCCCCUUCAAUCGCUGACGCGCUCCCCGGCGCCGGUCCAGUGCCCGGUAUGCAACGCACGUGGGUUGACCGUGGUUACCUACGAGAUCGGAAACACAACGCAUCUGGCCGCACUCCUCCUCUGUUUCGUGACGAGUCUGGGGUGCAUCCCGUACAUGUUCAAUGCGUUUAAGGACGUUGCACACAGUUGUGCGAGUUGCAGGACUAUGCUUGCUGUCUGGCAUCGGAGUGGGUCGCCGGGCGCUGUGGAGGUGCUUGUUCACCCGAUGGCGUCUGUGCAGCAGGUGCCUGUGAAGGGAGGGGUCAAGUAGAACUCACUAAUGCGGGGUGGUCGUUUUGAUGUUCGCUUUUCGUUCUUACAACUUACUACUUUCUUUCUGUCUUUAUUCUCUUUAAUUUCACUUCUGGCAUGAUUUCCCUCUCUAGGCGGCGGAUGUGCGGUAUCAUACUAGCAAGGUCAACUUGGGAUUGGCUUCACGGUGGGGGCUAGGGCGUGUUAGUGGGGUACGGUGCUCUUUGUCGAGGGUUUGGCGUUUUUAACUGGGGCUUUAGGAGCGAACUGAUGUUAUUUCUUUUGUCAUCACCCGGCGUUCCUUCUUUCGUA